AAUUGCGUGCACUCUAUCCUCUUAUGAGGUACUAGUCUUGAGCCGAGUGUCUAUUAGAAAUAAUUUUUCUAGCUCACGUAUGAGGUAGUGGUACAGACCGUCCUAUUUCAAACUCCAUUUUAUGAGAAUAUAUUGGAUAUAUUGUUGUUGGAUUAAAAAGGAAAGGACGACACGUAAAAGUGGACGGAGAGAGUAUUAUUCAACUCAUUUAAUUCUCAUCCAAUGGCCAAGAUUUCCUCCCUCAUUUGAAAUCUAAAUCUUGACCCUUCAAAUAGAUCAAACCCCAAAUUUUCCCACCAACCUUAUUACUAGUGCCAGUACCCUAUCCAGAUCUCAAACUCCCAUAUAGCCAAAUACUCACAACAUUAGCUCACUAGACACCCCUUAUAAUUUUCUUGAAAUUGUACUGUGAAAUCUUGAAUGUCUUUAUAGUGUGUUUAAAAGAUUGAAUUUUUAUAGUGUGUUUGGUGAGUUGCUGGAGCCUAAAGCAUUGUAAUGGUGGAGGCACAGUCAUGGACAACAAGAAGGGGAAGCAAUCCAAGAUUGGAGUCACCACAAGACCAAGUUUUGGAUAUGCCAGUAACCCCAACUGCUGAAAUCAGGCAACAACAGUAUGGUGGGAUAAGUUCAUUGGUGUCACCAAAUGUACUUACUGCACUUAUUAUUGCUUCUUGGUAUUGUUCAAAUAUUGGGGUGUUGUUGCUUAAUAAGUAUCUGUUGAGUUUUUAUGGUUAUAGGUAUCCCAUAUUCUUGACUAUGUUGCAUAUGUUGGCAUGUGGUACUUAUAGUUUAGUUGCUAUUAAGUGGCUUGAAGUUGUUCCUUUUCAGCAGAUACAUAGCAGGAAACAGUUCUUCAAGAUUUUUGCUUUGAGUGCUAUUUUUUGUUUUAGUGUUGUGUGUGGGAAUACGUCGUUGAGGUAUCUUCCUGUAUCGUUUAAUCAAGCUAUUGGUGCUACCACUCCGUUUUUUACUGCUAUAUUUGCUUUUGUGAUUACUUGUAAGAAAGAAACUGCUGAGGUUUAUUUAGCUCUUGUUCCUGUGGUUCUUGGUAUUGUUUUGGCUAGCAAUAGUGAGCCAUUGUUCCAUUUGUUCGGGUUCUUGAUGGCGUUAGGUUCAACUGCUGGGAGAGCAUUGAAAUCUGUUGUUCAGGGGUUGUUGUUAACCUCUGAUGCUGAGAAAUUACACUCGAUGAAUCUGUUGUUAUACAUGGCUCCUAUGGCAGCAGUGAUUUUGCUUCCGUUUACGCUAUACAUUGAGGGGAAUGUGGCAGCGAUUACAUUGGAGAAAGCAAGGGAAGAUGGAUUUAUGGUAUUCUUGUUGAUUGGUAAUGCCACGGUUGCUUAUUUGGUGAACUUGACUAAUUUCUUGGUCACGAAGCAUACAAGUGCCUUGACACUGCAAGUUUUGGGGAAUGCCAAGGCUGCGGUGGCCGCAGUCGUGUCAGUUUUGAUAUUCAGGAAUCCAGUGAACAUCAUGGGCAUAACAGGAUUUGCGGUGACAGUAAUGGGUGUGGUGCUUUACAGUGAAGCCAAGAAGAGGUCUAAAGUAACAGCACAUUGAUGAUGAAUGAUGAUAGUAUGAAAGAUUCAAUCUUGAUGAUGCAACACAAAGGUACAAUUUUUUUUUUUUGGUCUAUUAGAAUUCAUUCUGAGUGGGAGGGGGGUGGGGUGGGGUGUAAGUGGUUGGAUUAUAUUCCACUGUAUAGGAAGAAAGAUGGGGUAAGAUGGAAAAAAGUUCAUGUGCUAUGCUUUUCUUCCCUCUAUAUAAUUGUUCUUGAUUGUGGGGUGGUUAAAGAGAAUAAAGUUGUCUCUUUUACUUUUCCCCUUUCUGUAAUUUUACACUCCUUUGAUCCAACUACAACAAAGAAAGACUGAUUCUUUACAUAUUGUUCUCUCUCUGUAAUAUUUUUGUGGGAGAAUUGUCCUCCCAAUAUAUCUUGCCCAAAAACAAGUGUACUUUCCUACUUUGCAUAAUUGCAUUGUUUCAAUUGAUUAUUAA